CUCCGCUCCGUGGAUCCGUUGGGUGUCGAAGUCGAUGAUUCCGUCGUUAUUCAACAUUCACAGGUCAGGUGACGUAAUGAUAAACCGUCGUACAAGGUUCUGGGCGCUUUACCGCUGCCCUGCAAGAUGAAAGUUAGGAGUAAAGCACUUUGAUAGCAGGACCUGUUUCGCCUAGCUAGUGUGUGCGUGUGAGAUAUAAGCAAAUUUUAGCUUGAGCCCGUCUUAAUGUUCUGCUCAUUUGCUUCUAACUACAUUAUAUUAAUGCAAUAAUUCUUCGUGGGCUUACUAGCAUCUGCGACCAUCCCGAUCUUUAAAUUAUUUUAAAGGUAAAUAUCUGGAUUCUGCAGGAGGACGUGCAGUACUCAUAUUACAUAUUUACCUUUUAUAUAUUUAUUGAAUUUAUAUUACGACCCUAGUGACUGUAUAGAAGAAAUAAGGGACGUAAACAUAAACCAGUACAACAGAUUAUUUCUGUAUGAAUUGGUGUUUCUGCAGCCAUGCCUCCUCCAGAUACCAUGUACUGCAGCCAGCAGAUCGCAAUUCCCACUGAACUGCCCGACAUCCUGAAACAGUACACCAAGGCAGCCAUCAGGACCCAGCCCAAGGAUGUGCUGCAGUGGUCUGCAGCGUAUUUCUCUGCGUUAUCUAAAGGAGAGCCCUUUCCUGUUAAGGAGCGAGUGGAGAUGUAUACUGCAACCCAGAGGACAGACAGUGGGCUGACCCCUGGUCUGCUCAAAGUCUUGCAUCAACAGCUUUCCCACGAGCAGACGUGCAGCCGGGAGGAGCUGCAGAAGAAAUGGAAGGGGCUGUGUUUACCCAUGAUGCAGCUUGAGACCAUCAUGUCUCUGGGCAACUUCAGCUCAGAGGUCCACUGGAUGCACUUCCUGGCCCUAGGCUGCAGUUCCCUUGGUGGGACCAUCACCAGUGCCUUGAAGUUUGCCUGUGAGCUCCUGACGGAGGAAGAGGAGGGUUCUGCGGCGCGGAUCCGCUUUGACACCUUCGCCAGCCUCUACACCUACCUGGCCGGGCUGGACGGGGAGGUCCCCCCCGACCACAUCAGCGGUUACCUCGACAACCUGCGGAUGCAAGCGGCGCUGCAGGGGGGAAUGGUGAAGCCAUCGGACUUCGUUCAUCUCGAGAACGUGGACAUGUCGUCUCCUGCCACGGUGACCUCUGAAGGGCCGUCUCAGCGUGCCGCCGUCGCAGAAGCCACCUAGCAUACGGGUGCUUUUUGGUUUUAAACGUAAACGAGAGAGAAAGCUGAACUUGCGUGUCGAGUCGGGCUCAGGGGGGGGGAGACCCCGCUGAGAACGGACCAGCGAUCAAAUUUGUGUG